AUGGCGGAAGAUCCUCAAUCAGUUGACGAUCCCGAGCAGACCGCUGGUUCGCAGGUUGAUAAUGCCGAGAUUAUGGCAACUGGUAUGGAUGCCGAAAUGCAGCAGUACGCAGUGCAGUGCGCCAAUGAAGCUAUCGCCCAGUGGGUUUUUCUUAUAAAGUCGAAAUUCCGCGUGCAAUUCCCACAAUCACUGACCGCUUACACCUUGGAAACGGCACACUGA